AUGGCGUUACUUGCUUUCAAGAAUGAAUUAACUGACCAGAAUCCACUCGGAAUUUUGAGUUCCUGGAACGACAAGAAUAAUUCUCUUCAUUUCUGCGAGUGGAGAGGUAUUAGAUGCAGCCGUCGUCAUCCUAGUAGAGUCACUGGGAUUAAUCUUAGAUCACAAGGAUUGGAAGGUUCCAUAUCGCCUUAUAUCGGAAACCUUAGCUUUCUUCAAGAUCUUUUCCUCGGCAACAACAGUUUAACAGGCAAAAUUCCACACGAAAUUGGUCAUCUUUUCCGAUUGAAACAAUUGGAUCUUUCGCACAACUCCUUGGAAGGAAAAAUUCCAAACAAUAUUUCUCAUUGGUCGACCAAUCUCAUACACCUUGCUGUUUUUAAUAACAAACUUGCGGGAAGAAUUCCAAAUGAAUUUGGCAACUUGUCUAAACUCAAAAUCAUGUUGCUUGGUAAUAAUAGUCUUUCAGGAGAGAUCCCAAAUUCACUGGGUAACCUUUCAUCAUCUUUUACUGCUCUUGAUCUUAGUUAUAACAAUUUGGAGGGAAGAAUCCCAAACACUCUAAGCCAACUAACAAGCUUAAAAUAUCUGGAUUUGACUUCAAAUAGAUUAUCAGGUACUGUCCCUUCUUCAGUCUAUAAUAUUUCAUCACUGACAUCUCUUUCAUUUAUGUUCAAUCAACUCCAUGGGACUAUUCCUUAUGAUAUUGGUUUCACACUUCCAAAUCUCAUUGAUUUUUCGAUAGGUCGUAACAAUUUCACUGGACCUAUUCCAGGUUCAUUUUCCAAUAUGUCUAGACUCGAGAGAUUACAAUUACAAGUAAAUAAUUUAGUUGGAUCAGUCCCUUAUAAUCUUGGUAAGUUAAAAAAUCUUAUAGUGUUGCAAAUUGGGAAAAAUAAUCUCGGAAAUGGACAAGCUGAUGAUCUAAACUUCCUCAGUUCUCUAGUCAAUUGUACCAGUUUGAGUCGGUUAAUUGGAGGAGUCAAUAAUUUUGGGGGGGUGUUGCCUAGCUCUAUAGCCAAUCUCACAGAAAAUCUUUUUUAUCUAGAUUUCAGAAAUAAUCAGCUACAUGGAAGUAUUCCUCCAAGUAUCCAAAACCUUGUAGGUUUAACGACACUCAUUUUAAGUUCAAACCAAUUCAAAGAAAGUGUUCCUCCAAGUAUUGGGCACCUUCAAAAUUUGGGUUUCUUAGAUUUGGAAGAUAACAAACUCUUUGGUUCCAUCCCUUCUUCUUUUGGGAACUUAACCCGAUUGAUCAAACUAUCUCUCGGCAUUAAUAACUUAACAGGUUUCCUUCCAUUGAGUCUCGGCAACUGUAAAUCUUUGCAGGUCUUGGACUUACAAAGUAACAAACUAAGUGGUAGUAUACCCAAACAGAUUUUCCAACUUCCCUCUCUAUCAUUGAUUCUAAGCUUAGCUAGUAACUCAUUUACUGGUGCACUUCCCAUGGAAGUUGGUAACUUAAAAAACCUCGGGGUGUUGGAUCUGUCUAGAAACAAAUUAUCUGGUGAAAUUCCAAGUACCAUAGGCGAGUGUUCAAGCUUAAGAUAUCUAAAUUUGGAGAUUAACUUCUUCCAAGGAAACAUUCCUCAAUCUUUUACUUUGUUGAAAGGUCUUGAUGAAUUGAGUCUUUCCGCCAAUAACUUGUCUGGUACAAUACCAAAAGGGUUUGAAAAUUUGACGCUCAGUAAGUUAGAUUUAUCAUAUAAUAAUCUGGAGGGAGCGGUACCAAAAGAUGGGGUGUUUAAGUUUAAAAACAGAAGUGUGUUUUUAAUUGAAGGUAAUAGUAAGCUUUGUGGUGGUAUACCUGACUUGAAGUUGCCGGAUUGCCCCAUCCCUAUAAACCCCAAUAUGGAGCGGAAACAGAAGAAAUCAAUGCCGAUCAAAGUCAUAAUUAUCGUCGUAGUUAUUGCAGCUUUGUUUUUAACUUUGAUCGUGCUCUUCCUCAUUCUUUACCGGAGAAAAAAAUCAAAAUCCAUAUUACCUUCAACGCCUUUGGACGUGGAUAAUCGGCUCAAGGUAGUUUCUUACAGUGAGCUUCUUAAAGCUACCAAUGGAUUUAAUGAUUCUACCAACUUGCUUGGUGUCGGAAGUUUUGGUUCUGUAUAUAAGGGUAUUUUUCUUCAACAAGAGGAAUCCAAACCAGUUGCAGUUAAGGUUUUACAUCUUCAGCAAAGAGGUGCAACCAAGAGUUUCUUGGCUGAAUGCGAUGCCCUCCGGAAAGUUAGACACAGAAACUUACUAAAGAUCAUAACUUGUUGCUCAAGUACUGACUUUCAAGGUAAUCCAUUUAAAGCUCUAGUUUUUGAGUUCAUGGCCAACGGGAGUUUAGAGAAUUGGUUGCACCCGAAUAUAGGUGCCACAAAUAAUAACGAUCAGCAGCAGUUGAGGAAUUUAAACCUGGAAAGAAGAUUAUGCAUUGCGGUUGAUGUUGCUUCUGCAUUAAAUUAUCUUCACCAUGAUUCUCAAUCACCCAUUGUGCAUUGUGAUGUGAAGCCAAGUAAUGUCCUUCUUGAUGAUGAUUUUACUGCACAUGUGGGUGACUUUGGCUUGGCUAAAUUCCUGUCUAACGGCUCCAGUUAUUCUCGUCCGUUGAAUGGUCAGCGGAGCGCAUCCUCAAUUGCAAUAAAGGGCUCCAUAGGCUAUAUCUGUCCUGAAUAUGGAAUGGCUGGCCAAGUUUCUACACAAAGUGAUGUUUAUAGUUUUGGGAUCCUUCUGCUAGAGAUGUUUACAGGAAAGACACCUACUGAUGACAUCUUUACAGAUGGUCUAAACAUUCAUAACUUCUGUAAGAUGCACGAGUUGCCAGAACGUGUGGAAGAAAUUAUUGAUUUGCGUUUGCUCUUGGAAUUAAGAGAAGAUCUUAAUUGUGCUGAAAAUAGCAACCACAAUAUGUUGAGGAACGAAAGAAGAAACAUAACAAGAGAUGCGAUGAUACAUAUCUUGGCUUCCAUAAUUCAAAUUGGAGUUAAAUGUUCUUCAGAGUUACCUUCGGAUAGAAAGAACAUGAAUGAGGUUAAUGUGGACGUACAAGCGGUAAAAGAUCAAUUUCUUCGUGUUGAAAUGUAA